UGCGAAGAAASUAUAAUGAAGAUGGAAGGAGCCGAUGCUGUUGAAUUAUUAAGGAGAUUUACGGAGUAGCGAAGCGUUCACUUUUUCUCGUCGGGAACGAAAAACCACAGCCACACCUGGGAAACCGACAAGAUAGCAUGCUAGUAGAAGUGACACCACUUCAGAUGAGGGAACAUGUUGGCUAUGGACCAAGGAGUGGUGGAGGAAUGGCUGUCAGAAUUUAAGACCCUCCCUGAUAGUGCWGUGGCCACAUAUGCUGCAUCGCUUAAAGACAAAGUUUCUCUGGUCCCUGCUCUCUAUAAGGUCAUCCGGGAAAACUACAGCGAUCUACUGGAGCCCGUGUGUCACCAGUUGUUUGAGUUUUACCGGAGCGGUGUGCCACAGCUGCAGCGUUUCACGCUACAGUUCCUGCCAGAGCUCCUGUGGAGUCUCCUGUCCGUCAGCGCAGCCAGAGACCCCCACACUUCUGGCUGCAUCGAAGCACUGCUGCUGGGCAUUUACAACCUGGAAAUAGUUGAUAAAGAUGGACAAAGUAAAGUGUUGUCUUUUACAGUUCCCUCCAUAUCCAAACCCUCAGUGUACCACGAGCCUUCAGCUAUUGGCUCCAUGGCUCUUACAGAAGGAGCUUUAUCCCAUCACGGUCUGAGCAGGGUCGUGUACAGYGGGCCACACCUACAGAGAGAAAAUUUUACUGCACAGAACAGAUUUGAGGUGCUGACCUUCCUGCUGCUCUGCUACAAUGCUGCUCUCAGCUACAUGACCUCCACCUCCCUGCAGUCCCUCUGCCAGCUUAGCUCCAGGGUGUGUAUAUGUGGUUACCCACGGCAACAGAUGCGGCGCUACAAAGGCAUCAGCGCACGCCUGACGGUUACCUCAGAGUUCCUGGUUCAGCUCAUUACGGGGAUCCACUACGCCCUAUGUAAUGGUGAAGUUGAACUGGGCUCCAAAGCACUGGAUGACGUUCUGUAUCGAGCUCAGCUAGAAUUGUUCCCUGAAGCUUUAUUGGUGGGCAACGCCAUCAAAUCGUCACUACGUGGUGCUGCGCUGAAAAGCAACAAGGAGGGUGGACGGAGUAUCCAAGUGGAGAUCACGCCCACYGCCUCCAGAAUCUCCCGCAACGCCGUCACCUCCCUCUCCAUACGUGGUCACCGCUGGAAGAGGCACGACGCAGUGGAUCUGGGUUCCCCGGAUGAGCUGAUGGAUAUUUCUGAGGUGGAUGAAGGAGUUUGGCCAGGUGGGAUGGGGCCUGAUAUGACCCCUCCCACCAUCACGAUCAGCAACAGCACCACAACACUGAACCUGGGGGCCAAGGCCAUGAAGAAGUGUCGACUCAGCGGGCGCAACAGCAAGGACAAGGAAGCGGGGCCGCUGCUAACGGGGCGGGCCGCGAGCGAGAACACGGAGCUGUCCAUCAAGCGGCUCACGCUCACUUCCAGCCAGUCGGUGCCCAAGGGGGGAGCUCUCACCAGCCUGACGCGCACCGCCAGUGCCGUCUUCUCUCGUUCCUUCGAGCACGUGGCCAGCAGCAGCUCUGCUCCCACCGCCAACCACACGGCCUCCGAGGUGGGUCGCUACUCCUGCAGCCUGCAGGAAGAGGGGAUGGGCUAUCUGAGCCCUGCRCCGAACCACACCCAGCGCUCCCCCAGCAUCAGCCUGCUGCUCGGCUCUGACCUUUGAAYUCUUUGUAUGAACCCUCAUCUCUGACCCUGUGACCCUGUACCUGUGACCUGAAWCUCCAAGCCAUGCCAACUGCAGCUGACCACAAACAAGUGAAGAAAAACUCCGCCUGUUCUCUCCGUGACUCCAUUUUCUUUAACUGUCUGUGCUGUAAACCAGCUUCAUUCAAACAUUAGAGCAGCUCCUCCCCCUCCCCCCUCCCCCCACCCCACAGAGUCUCAUCUCAGCCUCAUAGAGGAAGGUGUGAGAACACAAUUAUAGUCGAUGUCAGGACAGGACUAAACUGUGCARCCUGUCAGGAAAAGAAUGCACUUAAAACGAUCAGWAAAAACUGUUUGAGAAAAGCGCUUGAAAAUAAUUAAACUGGCAUUUGUUGCCCUGUAUGGCUUUACCAUACAUCCAUCCUUACCUUGCCCCGGUGUGUCUGAAGAAAGAUGUACUGUUAGUGUGUGUGUGUGUGUGUGUGUGUGUGUGUGUUUACAAAUGUUUUUAGAAAAAGGCUGCUGAUUGCAACAGUGAACAAGGUGUGAUUCUUUUAAUCCAAACAGAUUUCUACUACUUUUUUAAUACUAGUAAUUCCUUCCCAUAGCAAUACAAAUAGAUUAUUUUCAGUAUUUUUUUUCUAAUUUUAUUAUUUGUUUUCUUUUGUUCUGGGUGGAUUUAUUGAACUUCUGUCUACAUUUGUCAGGUGUUAUAAACAUGCUUUGUAAAAGAAGUUAUUUUUUCUAAAAUGCAUAAAAUAGAACCCAUUUAAUAAUCAAGCACUCUGAAAAGAAUCGGGUCUUUUGUUUACAAUCACACAGUAUUCUUCUCAGGAUGGAGAAGCAAUACUUUCCUUUCUUCUUUGCUCUUUAAGCACCUUCCUUUAAUUGUCGUGUAACAAAUGGCAAAGUCGCUUUACAUUUUUGGGGACUGAUGGGUGUGAAUGAUUAGUUGAGUAUUAAAUUUUGCACAUGAAAAUCAGUUGUGUUAUCAACUCUGGUAUUUUUGUAUGAACGAGAGGUUUGACUCUCAUGUUGUAUUUUUUCUGGGACAAAUAUGCUUUGUUGCUCCAUAAACUCCUUCUCAACUUUUGUAUGUUUGCAUCUAACCACACAAGUCUAAAAACCACGUAAAUCAGUCAUUUUCUUGCWUUCAUUAUAUUUUGGUGUUUGGCAAAUAGAGGCACUUUUGGGGCGACAAGGUAUCUUUUAUGUGUUUUAAWAUACCCACCAUUUCAGAUAUUUGUGACGUGGUUCCUGCCUCCCUUGUAUAUUACGCUGUCAUCACGUUGYAAGACGUGGUGAUAAGAAAAGAAAACCAUUUGCUACAAUUGAUGUCCUAAAUCAAGUAUUCGUGCUGCUCCACAUGGCAGCACUCUGUGUUUUGUAGCUGUUGAGUGUCUAGCUUGGUGCAACAAUACCAAUCAUCUUUCGUUUAUGUUGGUUUACAGUGAAUGACUAUUGUUGUACAUCUUACUGUUAAAAUGAAGUUGGUUAUGUUGGCCUUUUUUUUGUCUGAAAAUAACUCAUCGCUAUAACUUCUGGGAAUAAAGUGUUUCUAUAUUUCAA